AUGCCUAGAAGAGCGAACAACCUCCUCUCGUUAACGAGGGGCCGUGUUCGUGCGUCCAUGAACAAGCUGAAUUUGUUCAACUUGUUCAAAAAAAGUUCCCCCAAAUACAACACCCAGACUCUAUACCAACAGAAGUGGAAAGCUAAGCAGGAUACCAGAGCAUACCAUGGAGAGCACUUGGGUGAGAAGAGAUGGAAGGCUGUUUUUAAGCCCAACCUUAACUCGGUGGCCCAGUUGGACGCUUCUUUGCAAGGUAAGCAAGUCAGCUUCACGCCUAAUGCCAUGCAGACAUAUGCUACAUUGGAGAAAAGACUUGAAAUGGCCCUUUUUAGAGCCAUGUUUGCAUCUUCCGUGAGACAAGCCCGCGAAUUUAUUAAAGGCGGUCAUGUCAAGGUUAACGGUGUCGUGGUUAAGCAUUCUUCUUUCCCUUUGAAGAGUGGUGAUGUCUUCAGCGUGAACCCGGAGAAGGUUCUUCUAGCCAUGGGCAGAGUUAAGCCAAGCUUGGAACAGUCUAUCAAGGUUGACAAGAAGCAGAUCGGUGCAUGGAACAACUACGUCAAGACUGCUAAGCAGCACCCUAGAGAUGUAUGGGAAUUGAAGCAGAACAAGCCUGAGUCCUUGAACACCUUGAAGGAAGACAAGGAGACCAAGACCAUCAGCACAAAGACAUACAACAGCGACUUGGAGAAGGCUAUGCUUGCUGAACAGAAAAACACUACCAGAGGUUCUAUCUUGGCCAAGAUCUUGCUGGCAGCUGAAAACAAGCCAGUUGAGGAACUCCUGGCUGAUGUCUUCAAGAAGGUUGUUCCAAAUGGUGAUGACUCUACCAAGGCUCUCAAUGCAUACAAGAUCUUGAAGGAAGCCAAUGUUCCUGUUGUGAGCAACUCCUCUGUGGAAGAAUGUAAGAAGUACAUCGCCACGAAGUCUCCUGAUUUCAAGAACAAGGACGAGGCUAAGACUGCUUCUCACGUCAGAAAGAUCUUGCUGGAGGUUCACAACUCUCAUUUGGAGUUCCUCCGCAUCCAGUGUGAGAACUCCAAGUUGCCAGAAGGCUCUAUCCCAGUUCCAUACUCUUCUGACUUUGCUAAGAAGUUGAAGACACACGCCAAGUUGGACAAGGAUGCUAUUCUUGAAGAUGAAGAGACAGCCAAGGUCAACUUGCCAUGGCAAAAGGGCCUCUUUGGCCGCCAGGACCCUUCCAAGCCAUACUUCUCCCCAUGGACUCCUAGACAAUUCAUCAGUGCAUUCGCUGUCUUGCCCCACCAUCUCGAGAUCUCCUUCGAGACAUGUCAUGCUGUCUACUUGGCUGACCCAGUGGCCAGACCAGGUCACUCUGAAGUCAUUUCCCCACACGGACUUCCAACACACGAGAGAGCUUUCUUGUACUACGCCAGAAAGGGUAUGUAA